ACGCGGACACGCAAGAGGGGCCGCUCUCGUCGCCGCCGCCGCCACCUCGUUUGGGGACCCACGAGGCCGCUGCCUCCUGCCCGCGGAACAAUGGGGCUCGGCGCGCGAGGUGCCUGGGCCGCGCUGCUCCUGGGGGCGCUGCAGGUGCUAGCGCAGCUGGGGGCAGCCGCGAACGGCACAGCCCCAGCCGGAUCUUCAAACCCAGGCAAUUCUGUGCCUCCACCAAAUUCCGGUGUUAACUCAACAGAGAAUAUGCAACACGUGCCUUUCAACCCUACAAAUGAAUCUUUAAACAGCACUGUGAAACCAUCAACAACUUCAGUUUCAACCAAUACGACAGUCACUGCCUUGAAAACCAUACCAACAUCAAAAAUGGCAACACCAGGGGUGUCAACAAAUACGACUUCCACCACCUUAACGUCUGUAUCCAAAACAACUGUUUCACAAAACACAACUCAGAUGUCAACAUCCAGGACAACCAUAUCCCACAAUAGUUCGGUGACAUCUGUUUCUUCAUCAGUAACAAUCACAGCAACUAUUCAUUCUAAAGAAAAUAAAGGAUCAAAAUUUGAUAUUGGGAGCUUUGUUGGUGGUAUUGUAUUAACACUGGGAGUUUUGUCUAUUCUUUACAUUGGAUGCAAAAUGUAUUAUUCAAGAAGAGGCAUUCAGUAUAGAACCAUUGAUGAACACGAUGCCAUCAUUUAAGGAAAUCUAAGGACCAAGGACAGAAGAUUGCAGCCAUAUCAAUUUAUUUUGGUUUGUUAAUAGUUUAAAACAAUAUUCUUGAACAUAGUAUAAAUAGGCCACACAUAUAACAUACAAUGUACUACAUAAAUAUGUAAAGAUUCUUCAUGAUUACUGAAGGUAAAAAGGGUUUGGUUUGGGUUUUUUAGUGAACAUUUGGAGCUUAUAGAUAGUUAAUGCAAUGGUUAUAUUCACUUUUAGUGAAUACAUAGUAAGACAAAUAAGUCCUAUCUCUCUUUUUUUGUGUGUGUGGCAUUGAUCACAUAGGACCAGUAUUGAAAGACAUCAUCACUGAAGGGCGGGAUGCCAUCUGGACAUACAGAUAAGGAGCUUGUCAUAGCACUCAGGAUUUUGAGUGUCUUUGUUGCUUACACAAAGAACUUCAGUGCUUUUCAGUGCUGGAUAUAUUCUAAUGACUAAUGCCACACAACAGAAAUUAUACAAAUGAGUAAACCAGGCCUGAAGCACAAUUUAAGAACGGAUCAACAUUGUAUAUGUUUUAAAGUGUAAUAGUUGGUCUAGAAACAAAAACACCAGAAAAAAAAUCUUCAUAUAAAAUCCAAAGCAAUACCUGGGCCUAGCCCUGGUAGAGAUCCACUGGAGCAUUGCCAAAUAUGUAUUUUCAUUAAUAACUUCUUUUGAGCUUUCAGUGUUGAUAUAAUUUUCUUUUCUUCUCUGUAAUUUAGAUAAACUGCACAGUGUGUAACAUGGUAAUGUUUUGAAGACUUAGUUGUUAAUAUUAAAUAAUCCUAGCAUUAUAGGGAAAAACUCCUAGAAGUUAGAUUAUUUGCUACUGUGAGAAUAUUGUCACCACUGGAAAUUGCUUUUAUUUCAUUCUCACUUGUUAAUUCUAAUGUUAUAUUUAGUGGAUGUUUUUUAAGAAAUGUAGAGCUGCUUUUAGUAUCUAGAAAUUGUUGAUGGAGUGUAACACACCUAACUUAAAAAAAAAAGUCUCUUAUAUGAUUUCCAAAACAACAUUUAGAAUUCUGUGGAGUCAAAACUGUAGAUUAAUGUUAUGUUUAUUAAGCCAGGGAUUGUGGGAAUACCCCCAGGAUAUUUAACCUGCAGGAAGAAAACAAUGCAUUUUCAUGUACUCAUUUUGCUCAGAGAUUUGGGAAAAUGGCAUUUUUACAUAAAAAUUAGCACCAACAGAUAUUGGAAUAAAUUCUUAUGAAGUUUUAAGAAAGGAAUUUUUAGAUAGGAAAUUUCCUGCUUCCUUAUUUGGGUAUUCCCCCAGACCACUCCUCUUACUUCACUGCUGAAGAGGGAGGUAUUUUCAGAUGCAUUAUGUUAAAAGAGAAGAAGCACAGUAUUGUAAAGACACAGAUAUUAGCCAGUGUAUAUUGGAGUGUUUUUAGUUUCACAGUUUAUAUUCCAACACUCAAAACUCAGGGUCACAUUUUAACAAAAGAGGUAUUUAGUCACAAUAAAUACUAAGAUAGUAUUUCUAUGUUAGAGGGCCAAAGUAAAUCACACCAAUUUCUGAAAGUCUAAAAAUGAGCUAUGAUGUCCUUAGUGAACAUGCCACCUACAUUUGAUAGAAUAAAAUUAAAUCUUUGCGAUCAACUAUUGGUUUGCAGAGAAUACCAGAUAUCAAGAAUACUUAAAGGAUUGUUUCUAAUUGCUGUAUAAGCAAUUGACCUGAUAAAUAUGGAUAUGACUGGAUGUAAUAACACAUGGAGUAUGAAGGAAAUUUUAUGAAACAUGUUUAGAUUAGUUUGAAAAUACAUUUAGGCUGAUGAGUGAGUUGUAUGUUACUAACUUGGCCCUAACUGCUCAUGGAACCAAUGGUUUUCAUUUCCUUGCCUUCCCCCCCCCCCCCAAAAAAAAGAGGGCUUUUAAAUUUAACUACUAAUUUUAUCUCUUGCAUUCUUGGUGUUUCAGUACUUCAAGUCAGUCAGAACUUUGUGGACUGGCCUAAAGUUUUUCUUGAAUAAUUGUUUCUUUAGCACUUUGAAGAUAGAAAACCACUUUUUAAGUACUUGUCAUUAUUUUCCUUGAAAAUUUUCUGUUUGGGGUUUGAAAUAAUUUACUUAUGUAUUUUUCUCUGUUAUGUCUUUUUUAUAAGUAGUAUAAUUUGUUACUUUCAAAUACCAAUACUUUUCAAUGCCAUAUUUUUUUUUGUUAUUUGCAAAAAUGGAGGGAAACAGUGAUGCAAAAUAAUAUUUUGCUUUGAAAUGUUUCCUAAGCAUAAACUUAUCUUCCUAAUUAUGUUUACUUAAGCAAAUGCUCAAUUUUGUUUGCAUUCCUUAAGAAUGUAUUUACUUGAAGAUAAAAACAAUCCGCAUGUAUGUCUAAAUAUUAGGCAGAAGCUAAUCUGUGAUUUUAGUAUUUCCUUGGAUAAUCCAUAAAAGGAAUAAUUCAAAUACAGGUAAAUGAGAGUUGGCAGUAUACUAUACUGAUAAUUUUGUAUGUUCAGGAAAAAAAAAAAAAAGCAAACUCCUGUUACCUUUCUUUUUCUUUUUAUUAUAAUGACCACCUUUUGGUAUUUCCUUGUUAUCAAGAUCUAUUUUUUGAAUAAAACUUGUUCUCUAUGUAAGA